AUGGGUGGAUUAAAUUUUAUUCGUAAAUUACCACCUAAUGAACCAUUUGUUUUUCAUGAAUAUGUUAUAACUCAAAAAAAAAUGUAUACGGUAUUAUUUUGCAUUUCUAUUCCUCUUUUAUGGAUAUCUUCUGCUGGGUCCACUAUAUUUUGGAUUGUUGGUGCUUCGGCAACUUUGGUACUAGGUCAUGCUGCAUUAUUUAAACCUGAUAUAAACGAAAGUUUUACAUCUGAUAGUCAAGUGUAA